CUUCACCUGUGUUGUAUUAGAGAGAUUGUCCCAAGCAGGUUUUCCCAACAGAGCCGACAUGGAGCGUCUAGACAGAAAGCUGCCUGCAGCUUUCCUCCUGCUUCUGCCUCUUCUGUCCGUCAGCGGAGUCGCCAAUCAAAAAACUACAGUUUCCUGGUGUGUAUUGUCUGAUGCCGAGGAGCAAAAGUGUCUGGAUUUGGCCGGGAACGCCACAGCUCUGAAUAUUAGAGGAACGUUGCAAUGCGUCCGUGGCCUGAACACCAGGGAUUGUAUAGACAAAAUCAAGAAUGGAACAGCAGAUGCAGCCUCCAUGUUCGCAGAUGACAUUUAUGCUGCUGGCCUCUGCCACGGACUGGAGCUGGCAGCAGGCGAGUCCCACAACGGAGUUGAUGGUAUUAGCUACUACGUGGUGGCGAUGGCUCGCCGCUCCUCCUCGGACCUGUCCCUGCUGGAGAUGCACGAGCGCAGCUCCUGUCACCCCGGCAUGCGUACCACCGUGGGGUGGACUGUCCCUAUUGGCUACCUGGUCAACACCUCCCAGAUAAGAGUGGGGGAGCAGUGCAACUUCCCCAGAGCGGUCGGAAACUUCUUUGGUUACAGCUGUGUGCCGGGUGUCAAAGACCCCCAGCACGACCCCAGAGGCAACAACCCCAAGAACCUGUGCGAGGCCUGCAUCGGAGACGACAACGACCGACACAUCUGUGCCAACAGUCACAGGGAGAGACACUACGGAGAGGCAGGGGCGCUGAGAUGUGUGGCUGAAAACCUCGGCGACGUGGCCUUUGUCAAACACACGACAAUCUUUGACAAUUUGGAUGGUAAGAACCAGGAGUCCUGGGCCCUGGACCUGGAGCUGGAGGACCUGAAGCUGCUGUGCCCAGAUGGGACGGAGGCGGGUCUGGACGAGUACGAACAUUGCCACCUGGCAGCCGUCCCGGCAAACGCUGUGGUGGUGCGCAUGGAGGACAAGUGCCGCGUCUGGAAGUUCCUGGAACGUUUGCAGAAUGCGUUUGGCAACGGCCACCAGGGCUUCAGCCUGUUCAGCUCAGUCGGCUACGGUGGCUCAGAUCUGCUCUUUAGUGAUGCCACCCACCACCUGCAGAGGGUUCUGGGUAGCUACACCUCCUGGCUGGGCCCCACUUACACCACCAUGCUGCAAGCCUUCGAGUGUGAGGGUUUCUGCUGAUGGAACAGGAGGAAGACAUCCAGCGCGCCGUCCCUCCGACUCCAUCCUCCCGUUCUGCCUUCCCUCCCUGCCAUCUGUGUCUCUCCAUCCCACCCAUCUCUCCUCCUCUUUUCUCGGCUUUUGGUGUUUGUUUUCCCCCUGCAUUUUCUCUCCACCCGUUCCACAUUAUUAUAUCCUGCAACCUAUGUCUUCUGUAGUGUGCUGGCUGGCGGGGUUGGACAUCGCUGAGGGGGGCUAAUCGGCUAAGAAAAACUUUCAGAACACAUCCCUGAAAUUGAUUAAAAGGAAAAAGAAAUGGCUGGAGAUAGAAUAAGAAUAGCAUAAAAUUAGAAAACAAUAGAAAGAAAACAGGAAAGUGAGUUGUUGUAGUUGUGUUUUUUGUCUUUUUUUCCAUUUUAAAAGGAGGAUUUUGAUAAAGAUUUCGAGUGGGAGGAAACGUGUCCCCCAUUAUUGAUGAACAUACACAGAAGAACAAAAAUAAUUAAAAAAGAACAGUCAACCGUUCCCACUCUGUGCGUUUGUUGGGAGGUUGUGUUCUUCUCAGCUUGUGGCAUUAGUCUAAGUUUCAGUACCUCCCUCCCACCCUCCUCCCACAGGGUCUGUCUCUGGCACUGAACAACAGGGUGCUAUUAACGAUGAGCUUAGAAGACUCUAUGUGUGUGUGUGUGUGUGUGUGUGUGUGUGUGUGUGUGUGUGUGUGUGAGAGAGAGAGAGAGAGAGAGAGAGAGAGUAUACACUUUGUCCCACAGCCACUCAGUCUGGCAUACUAUACCGUUUGUGUGCGAGUGAGAGAAAGUGUGUGUACGUUUCUGUGUCUACGUGUUAGCGUGUGUGUGUGUAUGUGUGUGUGUGUGUGUGUGUGUGUUGAUAGGAUUGGUGCUUUCCCAUGGCUUGCAUAGCUUUUCGACUUUUGGAUCACUGGUUUCUCACGUCUGGUAUGGUGGACCUGGCCGUGCCAGCUCACCGUGUAUUGUUACACUAUACAGUGAGGAGAAGGGGGAUUAGGGCUCCGGUUGCCUCCUGUGACCCCGGACUGAGACCUAAAAAAAAAAAGAAGCUUUGAUUGUCUUCUCAUCUGUGGCAACAUGCGCCUCAUCCCCAAGUCCCAUAACAUGCUCUCGAAACCCCCUCGGUCUCUCCUGCUUCUGUUAUUUUUUAACUACAUAGCAACGCAUAAAGGAAUAAAUGUUUUUUCUACCAUAUGUCGUUUAUACGCUACCAUUGCUACCGUCUGCGAGAUGUUCAUUUGAUAGGUGGUAAUAGUUACUAAGGAGGUUUGAGGGUGGUGUUACAUGCAGAAAUUAGUGCGAGCAGUGUGUAGUGUCAUCAAAUAAGUGUCACGAAGAAGAGUAUGACCGAUUUGAUGUGAUGUGGACAAACAGUGAUUGUCAUGAAAAUGCGUCUUCUAGUCUUCUAGCCAUUAAAAGAAAACUGUGAGAGAAUUACUUGACACAAACCACCCUGUACUGUAAAACGUAAAGCUUACUUCACUCCUUUCAUUAUUUCUUUCACAUUCUGCAUCACAGAGCUUGUCAAUAAACUGAUUAAUAGGAUUCAGGUUUUUUUUUAUAUUAAUCUUUACACUCCCAUGUGUGGACCAUACGUUUUUGCCCCCAUUCUCAAAAGAGAAGCUACACAAGUGAGGGCAAAUCUGUUGUCUUCAUUUCAUCUUUGGUUUGUACCGACGGGGCUGUUAGUUUUCACAUUUGUCCGACACUCUUGAUGUAAAUACUCCUCGCUGCCUGAAUCAUUAGAGCUGCAAACCUUCUUCUUUUUUUUUAACCAAUUAAAUGA